UUUACCGCUGUUACUCCACGGAGGAGUGGAUUCCAGUAUUCCAGGAUUCUCACUGAUUCACAUCACCUGCUGACAUGAAUUUCCGCUGCAUUUUCCUCUGUAUUUCAGCGUUCUUUCUGAUUCACACCCUAGUUCUUGUCUGCAUGUUCCACGACAAGAUAAUUCAUCUCAAACUGUUGCUCUCUUCAACCUCUAUCUCUAUCUCUACUCAUGUUUCGGGCGAUGUUGGUGAUCAACAGUCUAUCUUAGAGGAGCUAGAGAAAAUGUGGCAGGAGAAGUUAAUUGUGGACUUGUUCAGGGGCACUGCAACUUCUAAUAUAGAGGAGACUUUGGAUCAAGAAACCGGUCCUACUACUGAAUUUGCUAGGAUGCAUACUAUAACGCCCCAACUUCUAGAUUUUAACGACAAACAUGGUGAUGAACUCGCAGGUCAACAAAUAAGGCAGAGUGUUUUGAGGGAUCUGAUGCCCAAAAUGGAACCAAUUGAAGAUACCGACAAGUUCAGUACUCAGGAGGUCGUUAUUCGACCAACUACACAUCAACCUGAAAUAAGUAAACCUGCCGAACACAUACCAGAUGAAGAUGAAGAUUACAACGAGUUUAGUACUGAGGAAGUUAUACAUCAACCUAAAAUAAUUCAACCUGCCGAACACAUACCAGAUGAAGAUGAUACCUACAACGAGUUUAGUACAGAGGAAGUUACACAUCAGCCUAAAAUGAUUCAACCUGCCGAACAUAUACCAGGUGAAGAUGAAGGUUACAACGAGUUUAGUACUAAGGAAGUUACACAUCAGCCUAAAAUGAUUCAACCUGCUGAACACAUACCAGAUGAAGAUGAUACCUACAACGAGUUUAGUACUGAGGAAGUUACACAUCAACCUAUAAUGAUUCAACCUGCCGAACACAUACCAGGUGAAGAUGAAGGUUACAACGAGUUUAGUACUGAGGAAGUUACACAUCAACCUAAAAUGAUUCAACCUGCCGAACAAUUAUCAGGUGAAGAUGAAGACUACAACGAGUUUAGUACUCGGAAAGUUGCUGACGAAGUUUCUGAAGACUCAAUAACUUUGAAACAAGAGGAAGAACCAAAGACUGGAAGAGUUGUAACAGUUCCCCAAGAUGACGACGAAGAAGACAAUCCAUUUUUAACAGUGCCCAUAGCUGCAACUUCGAUAGUAGGUAUCGAGCAGCAGGACAAUAUUCCAGACGACCAGGUACAGAAACAAAACAUUGAACUGGCAGAGGAACCAGAGAAGCCGGAUGAUGUGGAAAUACCAGAAGUAGCAGAUCAACAACAAUUACACGUUAAAUCCGAGGAGACUGAAUUACAACUUGCUAACCAUGAACCAACAUUGAAGGAUGUUCCGGAGCAAGUACCGCUAAGAUCUGUUGCGAUUGAGAACAUCGAAGCCCCUGAUGAUGGACCAGCAACACCUCGACCAAAGCAACCGAAAAUGGUGCUAGUUCUGACCCAGAGCAGACAUGGUUCAACAUGGUUGAUGGAUAUACUGGGAAACAGGGACGAGGCUGUCCCUGUUUUUGAGCCGCUGAACACUCAACCUUUCCUAAAGAUGUAUGCUCUUUCAGAUGAGAUAAGAGCGGAAACACUUGCAGCUGGAUACGACCCAGAAAUAUAUAAGGAUUGGAGAGAGGUCUACUUAGCGAGGAUUUGUUUAUGUGAUUGGCACGGGGUGUUGAUACCAGGGAAAAAAGAUAAACAUUUUCAGUCAGUUAUGGGCUUGGGUUAUAAAGCCAAACGGUUAGGUACCGAGUAUAAGAUGCAGUAUAAGGAAAGCAUGGCAAAAUGCCAGGAGGAGAAGACCAUGAUGGUACCUAAAACCAUAAGAUACUAUAACAUAUCAACAAUGUACAAAGUCCAAGAUUUCGGGUGUGACAAUUUCAAAGUUGUUCAUUUAGUGAGAGAUCCACGCGCAGUAUUAAAAUCUCGUAUGAGCGUUUUCCAUGAGUUAUAUGAUGGCAAUAAAUACCUAGGAGCACAUAUCUCGGAUAAAGAGGGACAGGCAGGCUUCAGUGAAGAGUACAUGACAGAAGCAGCUCAUUGGAUGUGUUCUCAUCAUCUAUAUAACUACAAACUAGGCAUGAACCCUCCACCCUGGCUGAAAGGACGGUACAAAAUGGUCAGGUUCGAGGAUUUAGCAGAAUCGCCGCAACAAGUGACCAGAGACCUGCUGCAUUUCAUAGGAGUAAAAUACACUGCCAAGUAUCAAGAAUAUGUGUACAAUUUAACUCAUGUAAAAGACAGAGGGGGGAAGGAUGGUGGUUAUUUCGGGGUGGAGAGACAAUCUAGUGAAAUUUUGGAUGCAUGGAAGAAGAAACUUAGUGAACCUCAUUGGAGAACUAUUGAAAAAGUUUGUGCCGAUAUGAUGAAGGCGUUUAAUUAUGAGCCCACGUUUUUUAAUUCAGAAGAAUAAAGUUGGGGAUGAUUUUUUUAGAAAUUUGAUUCAGAUAAAUUUUAUAUGACUUUUCUUAGGUUGGGACCAGAUUUUGUAUUGA